AUGAUAAUUUUACAUAUUCGUUUCACUGGAUCAGAAAAUUCUUAUGUUCUUCACCACAAGCUUAUUCAUGCAAUGCACUCCAAGCUCUUGUUUAACAUACUACACAUGAAAGGGAAUUAUUCGGAAUCCUUCUAUCAGGUACUUGAUAUUACUGAAAAAAGAGUUACUCGAGUGAAAGCUCAUUUGGCUUGCUUGACUGGCCAUGAUGUUCAAAUUUGUACAAAAGUCCCUGAUCAUGUUCAAGCUGAAGCCAGUGCAGAAAUGAAUUUGAGUGCAUCUAAAAAGAAAAGGACGAAUGAGACCUUAGAAAGUGGAAUUGGCUCCACAAGUUCUCUUGGUAAGAGCAUUCAUCAAACCACAAUGGUAGAGUUGGCUGCUAAACAAGACAAGAAGUCAUUAGAAAAGAUGAUAGGAGAAUUUUUUGUUAAGAAUAACAUUUCUUUCAAUGUUAUUCAGACAGAAUCUUUUAUUCAAAUGAUGAAAGGUGCUUGUGCCUAUGGUCAGGGUUUUGUUAUUCCUAGUUACUCUACUCUUCGUACCCGUUUGAUUCCUGAAGCUAAGGUAGAGAUCAUGGAAUAUGUGAGCAACAUAAAGUCAACAUGGGGUGACACAGGUUGCACAAUAAUGUCUGAUUCUUGGACUGACCUAAAGAAGAGGUCUUGGGUCAAUGUGAUAGCUUAUUCUCCUGGUGGGGCUGUAUUCCUGAAGUGUAUUGAUUGUGGUUCAAAUAGUAUUACUGCUGGAUAUCUUUUUAGAGAAAUAUCUAAUGUUAUUGAAAUGCUUGGACCACAACAUGUUGUGCAAUUUGUUUCAGAUAAUGGUGCUAACUAUAAUUGUUGUGGUGAUAUGUUGAUUGGAAAAUGGUCUCACAUGUAUCGGACAAAUUGUGCUGCACAUGGGAUUAAUUUGCUUUUAAAGGAUAUCCAUAAGCAUGUUAGAUGGGUGAGGGAAAUUAUUGAUGAUGGUAAACAUGUAGUGGAUUAUAUGCACAGGCACACAGCUAUUAUAGCCUUAAUGAGGGAAUUCACAAAUGCCAAAGAGAUUAAGCAGCCUUGCAAGACAAGGUUUGCUACUAAUUUUUUAAUGCUCCAAUCUCUUAUUGUAGUUGAGAAUGAGUUAAGGCUAUUGGUUGCAUCAUCUGAAUGGAGAGGCUUCCAUUGCAAUAGAGUUGAAAUAGCAUUAAAGACUGUCAGGAUAAUUCAAUCUGAUAUAUUCUGGGAACAGGCAAAGGAGGUUAUUGCUUUUAUGGAUCCUCUCAUUAGGAUUCUUCACCUUGUUGAUUCAGAUGGUUCCACUGCAUGUUACUUGUAUGAAGCAACUGUUAGGGCAAAAGAAAAAUUGAGGAAGUUAAAGGAGAGUGAUGGAGUAAAGUACUUUACCAUAUUGGAUUUGUUUGAUACAAGGGUGGAAAAGAAUAUAAUUCAUCCUGUUCAUGUGCUUGCUGCAGCUUUAAAUCCUAAUAAUUUGUUUGAUGGUGGACUUUUUAUUGAGACAAAUACAGUUGUGCAGACUCAAGAAUGUAUUGUGGCAACCAUGGUUCCUCAAGAAGAUCAUGAGCAAUUCACUGCAGAAAUGGUUGAAUAUCGAAUGAGGAACCCAAAUUUGUUCAAUAUCACAGGAAAGAUUUGGUGGGAAUAUAUGGGUGGUUGUCUUCCUGUGGUUCAGAAGGUUGCUUGUAGAAUCUUAAGCCAACCUUGUAGUUUCUCUCCUUGCGAGAGGAAUUGGAGUGCUUGGGACGCUGCACAAACAAAGAAGAGGAACAGGUUAACUCCAGAAAUGUUAGAAGAUUUGGUAUACAUUAGAAUGAAUUCUUUGAUGAAGGAGAAGUAUGAAAGCCGAGCAAUUCAGGAUACAAAACCUAUUGACCUAGAGAAACUUGGUGAUUUGCCUGAUGUAAACAUUGAGUUGGAGACAGAGAGACUUGAAGAGACAUAUGUUGAACCUAUUCAUGAUCAACCUAAUUCUAUAUUAUGA